UCAUUUGUUUGUUUGUUUCUUUAUUUGGAUUAAAAAAACUCUCAAUUACAAUUGUAUCUUUUUGUAGAAAGACUGAUAGAUUUUGUUUAAUCACUAAUGUCAAUUUCCACAUUCAUUUAUCUAGUUUUACAAGGUUUUGGGUUCAAUAAUAGAUAAAUAUAGAACCAUCCCAAUUUGUUAGUUCAAAACGUAGAGUGUGGGUUGGACAUUUUUCUAGAAGUCUUGAUGCCGUGUGAGUUACAAUUGUUGUUGGAGCAAUUUUUUGGCAUAUAUGAAAAUCAAACAAGGUGGCAACUGCUAGUAGAUUUUGUCAACUUUGCUAACGGCCUGCGUGUCACUAUAUUGUCAUAUUCUAUGUCACUGUAUGCAAAAUAGACAUCUUACCAAUUGACAACACAACCUCUUCCAAAGAAGAUUAUUUAUUUCAGUCGGUUGUGGGUGGGAGGUGGAAGGAGGGCAGUGAAUGAUUUGGCUGGUAAUAGCUGGCUGAACUUGCAUCUGCCUUCUUUUUGUUGAUAUCGGUGGUGUACAGCACACCUCGGCUACAUCACUUGGUAUCUUCCACUAGUGAUCGAUGAGAGCUUUUUCUAUUUCAUAUUCGCCUGCAACAGGCAUUUAAAUUAUGGCGGUGUUUCUGCUGAAGAAAAGGAGUGUGCUCCUUGAUGGGGGAACAUGUGGAGUAAAGAUGAGACAGCUACCUUUUAUGUGGAUCAUCUGUAUAGUUAUGUUAUUUAUUGUAUAUAGGACCACUAAUUAUCAGUAUCAACAAACAGAGAUGGAGUCAAGGUUGGAUCCAUUUUAUUCUUCGAAGGACUCAAGUUUGGAUAUGAGAAGUUUGAACAGUUUGCCUCGUGGUAUUAUCCAAGCAAGAUCGGAUCUCGAGUUAAAGCCUCUGUGGUCAACAACUAGUUCGAAGUCAAAGGCAAAGGCUAGCAAUUCUAGUUGUCAUAACUUGUUAGCAGUUCCAGUUGGAAUUAAGCAGAAGAGCAACGUUGAUGCUCUCGUCCGAAAGUUUCUUUCAGCAAAUUUUACUGUCAUUCUAUUCCACUAUGAUGGCAAUGUUGAUGGAUGGGAGGACCUCGAAUGGAGUAAAGAUGCCGUUCAUAUUGUUGUUCACAAUCAGACAAAAUGGUGGUUUGCAAAGAGAUUCUUACAUCCUGCAAUUGUUUCAAUCUACGAUUACAUUUUCCUUUGGGAUGAAGAUUUGGGUGUGGAGAAUUUCGACCCUGGAAGGUAUCUUGAAAUUGUAAAAUCCGAGGGACUGGAGAUUUCUCAGCCAGCUUUAGACCCAAAUUCAACGGGUAUCCACCAUAGAAUCACAAUACGAAGCAGAACAAAGAGGUUCCACAGAAGGGUCUACGAUAUUAGAGGUAGUACAAAGUGUUCAGACAAAAGCGAAGGUCCGCCAUGCAGCGGAUUUGUGGAGGGAAUGGCUCCUGUUUUUUCAAGAUCUGCAUGGCUUUGUGCCUGGCAUCUUAUACAGAAUGAUCUUGUUCAUGGGUGGGGAGUGGACAUGAAACUUGGUUAUUGUGCACAGGGAGAUCGGUCCAAAAAGGUGGGAGUAGUUGACAGUGAAUAUGUAGUGCACCAGAGCAUCCAAACUUUGGGUGGGCAAUCUUUGAAAAAGGAUUCAAAUUAUGAAGAGUCUGUGAAGAGACACGUUGUUGACGUGCGAUCUGAGAUUCGGAGACAAUCAACGUACGAGCUGCAAACAUUCAAGGAUCGGUGGGAACGAGCUGUGAAGCAAGACAAGAACUGGGCGGAUCCGUUUAAAGCUAGCCAGAGACGUAGACAAUGGUAUAAACAAAGGCGAAAAUCAAAGGUUAAACUCAGAUAAGGUUCAUAGAGGUCAUCUCAAAUCCAAGACAAGAAGUCAGUGGUUUAGACUUUGUUGAGGUCAUUGUCUCGUUGCAGUUCCAAUCAGAUUCAUAUACCUUGUAAUUUGUUGUGCUUCUUAGGCCCCCUGGAUCUCAUGAUUAGUUCAUUAUUUAUAUAGGUUUUGUUUCUCCUUAAUUUUGUGUUGAAUGUAUUUAUUUACGUCUUCUUUAACUUUAUUUUAGACACCUUUCCCCUAUUCUCUUUCAUGUACCUCAUUUUUUUUGUAACAAGCCUUGGUUUUUAUCUUUUGA